UCCGGUCGCUAUCCCAUAAUGCACGCGUCCGAGCUGGCAAAACCGCGCAUGCGCAGUGGCUCGCUCUCUUUUGGAUCGGCACCUCUUCUGCUAAAAUGGCCAAGCGCACCAAGAAGGUGGGGAUUGUGGGGAAGUACGGCACCCGUUACGGAGCGUCCCUCAGGAAGAUGGUGAAGAAGAUCGAGAUCAGCCAGCACUCGAAAUACACCUGCUCCUUCUGCGGCAAGACUAAGAUGAAGAGAAAGGCUGUAGGGAUCUGGCACUGCGGCUCCUGCAUGAAAACCGUGGCCGGAGGUGCCUGGACGUACAACACGACGUCCGCCGUCACGGUCAAGUCUGCCAUCAAGCGUCUGAAGGAGCUGAAGGACCAGUAAACCGGACCCUGUUUUCUACUCGUUCACUUCUUUCUUUCUGUGGCUCGACGGAACCUCUCGUAAUAAACCUGAGCGUUGAGCCGGA